UCCUCGCGGGAAGGUCCUGGGAAGCGGCUUCUGGGGGAGAGGCGCGCGGGUCUGCGCUCGGCUGUUUGGCGAUGGAGCCUCCUCCUGCGCCGCCGCAGGGGCCGGUCCGAGCCUCGGCUACCUCUUCUCCCGCGCUGGCCGCGGGGCAGCCCAGGGCUUUGAGUAGGCCGGAGCCGCCGAGCUCGGGCUCGGGCUGGGAGCGGGUCCGGGAGCUCAUCCGGCGAGACGAGCUAAAUCGGUAUCCUGAAGAAACGGUCAAUAUCAUCAAAGCAACGUUUUCCGGGGGCAUUGUCGGCGUGGUCUAUGGAGGGGUACCCGGUUUUAUAUACGCCAAGAGACAGUACAUUGAGCAGAGCCAAGGAGAGAUUUUCCACAAUCGCUUGGAUGCUGCGCAAUCUGCAAAUCGUGCAGCAACCAGGGGCUUCAUCCGUUAUGGUUGGCGUUGGGGCUGGAGAGUUGCUGCCUUUGUGGCAAUAUUCAACACAGUGAGCACUGCUAUGUCUGCAUACCGUGAUAAAAAUUCCCUCAGUCACUUUGCCGUUGCAGGAGGUUGUACAGGAGCCUUGUUCAGAAUGCACUUGGGCUUGAGAGGUUUGGUUGGAGGGACCCUUUUUGGGACGUUGUUGGGUGUACCUGCUGGAGCAUUACUGAUGGCAAUGCAAAAAUUGGCUGGUGAAACCUUGAUCGAGAGAAGAAAACGAGAGCAAUGGGAGCUGUAUGAACAGAAGCUGGCAGAAUGGAGGACCAGGCUCAGCAUCACUGAAAACAUCUCAAAAGAAAUGGAUGAUGUUCUUCAGGAAGGAGCUUCUCCCAGAUCAUGACUGAAAACAAACGUUCUUGGUAUUACACACUGGAACUUUUAACAAGUGAUGUUAAAAGUUUUCUUUGUGGCCUGUUUCUCAGUACACAAUGGGCUCUCUUGAAGAGCUACUAGGUUUGGUCAGAUAAACGAAGAACAUGGAAAGUUCAGCUUCAGGUGAUGACUAGCUACCUCUUUAGAUGGGAGAGGAAUAAGCUUGAAUUACUUCUCUGGAUAGAGAAAGUACAAAAUUCACUUUAAGGGGGAUAUGCUAUAAGGGAUAACAUGGGCGUAUUCCAAAGUUCUCCAGGGUAAGUUGAUGGGCUGAACGGUGGAGUAAAUCUAAAAGAAUAAAGAAAAAGAAUAAUUCUUUGGAAUGUUCAUGCUCUUUGGUAUAUGAAUUCUUGGGUCUGGUGCCACUCCUCUUUUGAAUGCACUACUACAGAUCUUAACUUACCUUUGACCUUGCUAUGUACCAGGAGACAUAGGUGCUGGGCGGAGGAGAGAUAGGGCUCCCCAAAAUUUCUGAAUAAAGCGCUAACCCCCCCCCCAGUUCUGCGGCAGCCAUGUGCACAUGCUCAUGUCAUGUGUGCAAACUGUGGGGCUUCCACACAACACGUCAGCAAAAAUGUUCCGCCUUUACAAUAUAAAACAGCAUUGACUAGCUUUGCUAUGUUUCACUCGGAAGGAGCUCCCUCAGAAUAAAUGAGAAAAUAAUGGUGAUAUUGCAGUGUCCUGCCUCCCUGCUCCUGAUUUUCCAUGUCCCCAACAGCCAUCACUUGGCUGCUAUUUAUUAAUAUACAGUAAACAUAAAACAUAAACAAAAUUAAUUAGUAAAUUCAACAAUAAAAGCUACAAGCUCCUUACAACUGCAGCAAGUUAAAUUUCCUAUGGGCUUUAACAGGAACCUUUUUUUUUUUUAUCGGGUUGUCAAAAUGUUCCAUUCAUAUGUGUUUUGUUGAGAAUUGUGAAGCAGCACAUGCUUUGACUAUUUGUUGCUGGUGGUUGUAGUAUUUGUAUGCUGCUGUGCGCAUUGUCUUCCGCUUCCCUAUUUUUAUUUUCAUAUCUGCCCUGUGAAGUAAGAUAUGCUGAGAGCUGGUAGUUUAGAUACCGAAGUUGUGAAGCUACACUUAAGCUAUACUUAAGAACAUUUUCUGCUUUUUAUUUACUGGGGUUGACAAACUUUUUUUGUUUUGCCAUUUUGCUGUAAGUAUGAAGACUAUGAAAUGUAGCAGUUAAAGCAUUGUAUCUUGUUUUUCCACUCAGGAGCCCAAGGUUGUAUACAUUAUCCUCUCCUUCCCUCUCUUAUCUUGGCCUAGCCUACCUCGCAGGGCUGGUGCAAAGUUAAUAAGCAGCAGGUCUCCCCAAUAGAUUUUGGGUUGUGUGCAGGGUUCUCACAUCACGUGCAGUGUACCAGGCCCUGGAAACCCUGUUGGCAUCCUUGCGUAUAAUCCCAACUCAGUUGGCUACAGAUUUUCAGGAUUUUUUUAAAGCGCUUUCAUGCUUAAUAUAUCAAAUUUUGUCCUAAAAGAGUGUCAUUUCCUGCAAUAUAAGCAUACUUGAAAUCACAAGCUGCCUUCUGCCCUCACAGGGUGGAAUGUCUUUGAAAAGAUGGUUUUGAUGUAGUGAAAACACUUGGCAACUGUUCUGAAAAGGGUUUUUUGGCCUUACCUAUUUGGGUACAGUGGUACCUCCGGUUGCGAACUUAAUCCAUUCCAGAGGUCCGUUCGUAACAGGAAACUGGUCGUAGCAUGAGGCGAGCUUUCGCUAAUGGCGCCUUGCUGCAGCUGGUGCCACUGGAGCGCUAUUUCCGCUUGCAUCUCGGGGCAAAGAUCGCAACAAGGGGCAUCUACUUCCCGGUCAGCAGAGCGCGUAACGUGAAGGAUUUGUAAGGGGGAUGGUACGUAACACGAGGUACCACUGUACCUGGUAGCUAUAAUAUGUCACUGUAACCUUUGUAUCUUGGCUU